AUGUUUCAUAGUUUACAUAUUAAUAUUCCUUUUGUUGAUAUGCUUGAACAGAUGCUGAAGUAUGCGAAAUUUUUGAAGGAGAUCCUCACGCACAAGAGAAAAUUCGAGGAACACAAGAAAGUCAUGCUGACAGAGGAAUGCAGUGAAAGUUUCAAGCCCACUGUCCAACCACAGAGAAGAUUGAAUCCAUCAAUGCAAGAAGUGGUCAAGAAGGAGGUGUUGAAGCUUUUAGAUGCAGGAAUAAUAUACCCAUUCUCGGAUAAUGCAUGGGUGAGUCCAGUCCAAGUGGUACCAAAGAAGGGAGGAAUGACAGUGGUCCAGAAUGACAACAACGAGCUGAUUUCGACACGAACAGUCACGGGAUGGAGAGUAUGUAUCGACUAUGGCAAGCUGAAUUCUGCGACUCGUAAGGACCAUUUUCCAUUGCCAUUCAUCGAUCAAAUGUUAGAAAGGUUAGCGGGCCAUGAGUUCUACUACUUCCUAGAUGGAUAUUUAGGCUACAACCAAAUUGCCAUAGUGCCGGAAGAUCAGGAGAAGACGACUUUCACGUGCCCAUACAGAACAUUCGCCUAUCGAAGAAUGCCUUUUGGCUUGUGCAACGCUCCUACAACUUUUCAACGUUGCAUGAUCUCAAUUUUUUCUGAUAUGGUUGAAAAGUCCAUUGAAGUUUUCAUGGACAAUUUUUCUGUUUUUGGGAAUUCUUUUGAUGAUUGUUUAACUAACUUGUCUAAUGUCUUGCAGAGAUGUGUUGACACUAACUUGGUGCUCAAUUGGGAAAAAUGCCAUUUCAUGGUACGAGAUGGGAUCGUGUUGGGUCAUCGGAUAUCAGCAAAUGGCAUUGAGGUGGAUCAAGCAAAGAUUGAAGUUAUUGAGAAACUACCACCCCCAAAUUCAGUGAAGGCUGUCAGAAGCUUCCUUGGGCAUGCGGGCUUUUAUAGGAGAUUCAUAUAGGAUUUUUCUAAAAUCUCUAAACCUCUUUGUUAUUUAUUAGCUAAGGAUGUUCCUUUUAAAUUCAGUCAAGAGUGUUUAGAUGCAUUUAAGUGCUUAAAAGAAAAAUUAAUUUCCGCUCCUAUUAUUGCUGCGCCCGAUUGGGAACUACCUUUUGAACUCAUGUGUGAUGCGAGCGAUUAUGCUUUAGGGGCUGUUUUAGGGUAGCGAAAAGGUAAGGUCUUGCAUGUGAUUUAUUAUGCCAAUAAGACUUUAACGGGACCACAGCUGAAUUAUGCCACUACUGAGAAAGAAUUUUUAGCAGUAGUAUUUUCUAUUGAUAAGUUUCGUUCUUAUUUGCUAGGUACCAAGGUCAUCGUGUACACAGACCAUGCUGCAUUGAAGUACCUCCUAGCAAAACGGGACUCCAAGCCAAGAUUAUUGUGAUGGGUAUUGCUCCUACAGGAAUUCGACUUGGAAAUCAAGGACAAGAAAGGAAUAGAAAAUCAAGUGGCUGACCAUUUAUCUCGGUUGGAGUCCAAUGAAGAAGUUCAAGAGGAAGAAGAGCCAAUCAACGAAUACUUCCCGGAUGAGCAAUUGUUUGCUAUUCAAGAAGGACCAUGGUUCGCGGACAUUGCUAACUACUUGGCACGAAAGGUUAUGCUUCGAAUGAACUCCCAAAGACGAAAGAAAUUUUUUGCAGAUUUAAAGUAUUACUUCUGGGAGGAUCCAUUUUUAUACAAGCAUUGUGCUGAUCAGAUGAUAAGACGAUGUGUGCCAGAGGAAGAAACCAGCGGACAAGUCAAAGUUUUGAACAGGGAGCUGAAACAAAUCCUGGAAAAGACAGUGAACACCUCUCGAAAAGAUUGGGCAACUAAGCUUGAUGAUGCACUAUGGGCGUAUAGGACGGCAUUCAAAACACUAAUCGGAAUGUCACCCUAUAGGAUGGUUUACGGAAAAGCUUGUCACUUGCCAGUGGAGUUGGAGCAUAGGUCAUAUUGGGCAGUGAAGUUUUUGAAUUUUGAUAUACAAGCUGCUGGAGUGAAACGUUUGCUGCAACUCAAUGAGAUGGAAGAGUUUCGCAAUGAUGCAUACGAGAAUGCUCGGAUUUACAAAGAAAAGACUAAGCAGUGGCAUGACAAACACAUUGUGAACAAGGAAUUCAAGGAGGGCGAUAAGGUGCUGUUGUUCAACUCGAGACUGCGACUUUUUCCAGGAAAAUUGCGCUCAAGAUGGUCUGGCCCAUUCAUCAUUCAUCGCGUGUUUCCGCAUAGGGCGAUAGAGCUUCACCACCCAAUGAAAGGAACAUUCAAAGUCAACGGGCAAAGAUUGAAACCUUAUAUUGAGAAUGGAAAUGCCGACGAGAGGCUGGUGGUGUAUACCCUUUUGGAGUGCCAACUUGCCAAGGUCUUUGAAGAGUUCGUGGCCUCCCCACUUGCAGACCUGAUGACCAGUGUGCUUCAACUACAAAGCCAAUCUCUACUCGCCAUGUACUUGGCUCAACAGAAGAGCCAACUAGAGGCUGUUGGGGGACUCUUCGAGUACAUGUCAAAGAGGAAUGCUGCGUUUCACAUGGUAGACUUCCAGAAGGCUGAGUUGGAGAAAAGAGGAGAAGAGAUCAAGGAGAUCCAAAGGACCGUGGCUAGGCUCACUAAAGAGUACGACCAGAAAGAGCUGGAGCUGCAAGCAAACUUCGAACGGGCCUCGUGA